AUGUCUUCUCAAGAACGUUCAAUAUCGCCAAUGUAUUCAAUAUCACCAAUGCCUUCAAUAGAAAAAGUCUCUCGGGCACUACAAGAAAACUCUGUUUCUAGUUCUGCUUCAUCUAGUAACGACAUAAAUAAUAAAACUAGCAGAGCUAAUUUGCAGGCCACAGAUGAAAUAGUUGAUAUUUUAAAGUCUUUCGAAGAAAUAACAAGACAUUUUUCUGGAUCGAAAUAUCCUACAAUAAACCUUAUAUAUCCUUAUGUUCAUAUGUUGAAAAAUAAGUAUGCACCAGUAGUUGAAAAAAAUGAAUCUGUCGAAGAUUGGUUAGAUUUAAUUUAUGGAUCAUCAUUAGAAAGUUCAGAUGAAAAUACAAGCAUUAGCAGUAGUGAUAAAGAUAGUAUACCGUUAGCUGGAAAUAGGAAACAGUGGCAGUAUGCACAUAGAAGUAUAUAUAGUCAAGGUCAGAGUCAGAGUCGUAAACGUAUCAAGUAUAAAAGACAUGAUGAUACAAAUACUGUAAAAUAUUUACCAUCUACAAACUGCGAAGGAAUUCUAGAAAAAAUGUGUGCUGCAAUUUACUUAUCUUUCGAUAAAUUAUGGGGUAUCCCUAAUGAAGUAGAAUUGAAAGCUUCUAUGUUGGAUCUGCAAAUAUUAAAGUUACUUCCAUUUGUAACUAAUGAGGAACGUAAAAACACAGAGUUACAACUUCGUGAAGAAUUAUUAGUGUUAGAAGCUCAAUUUAAUCAGAAUAAUGAUAAUUUAGGUACUGCUAUUACUGUAGAGGAGGAGGAAUAUGAUUUUUUAAGUGCUGAAUUAUGGGGCUUGUUUGCAAUACCCAAUUCACAAGCUGUUGCUGAAGAUGAGCUAAUAUGA